AUGAUCUCUACGCAAGCUAACCUAUUGAAACCUUCCUUUUUCUGUGCAAGAGCUUCACACACGAAACAUGUGUUUAAGAUACCAUAUUUUACGACGUCGUUACGUUUUGAUUAUCAGCCACGUUGCAAUUUAACUCUUAGGGCGUCUGCAUCAUCAUCGACGUCUACUCAGUUUUCGCCUCUGCUGAGCCAUAAGUGUCGUCGUUUGCAGAGUUGGGAGCAGAGGAAAGGUCCUGUGGUUUGUGUUCUUGGUGGGAAGGAUAGAGAUGGUGGUAGUAAUGAGAUAUCCUCACAAUGGAAAGAAAUUGAGAAAGCUAUGGGGAACAAAUCAGUUGAAGAUAUCUUGCGUGAGCAGAUUCAAAAUAAAGACUAUUACAACAGUGGCAACACUCCUCCACGUGGAGGUGGAAGAGGAGGAGGAGGGUCAGGCGGUGGGAAUGGUGGAUCUCAAGGCUCAUCAGGAGAAGAUAAUGGUCUUCCUGGCUUUGCACAUGAAACUCUACAAGUAGUUUUAGCAACCAUAGGCUUCAUCUUUCUGUACAUUUACCUCAUCAACGGGAAAGAGUUGACCCGUCUUGCAAGAGAUUACUAUAGGUAUCUUACUGGACGACCAAAGACUAAUAGGCUGACCAGAGUUAUGGAGAGUUGGAGUAGGUUAUUGGAGCGUAUGUGGCCAAGGGGAAAAGUGUAUGACGAGUACUUGCUGGAGAAACCGAUCAUCAAUACGCCUAGCUGGCAUGAGAGCCCUGAGAAAUACAGACGUGUUGUGAAGUCUUAUGCUGAUGCAAAUCAAGAUGAUGAAUAG